UCACGGAACAGCCGCUUCACAUACACACUGUUGUUAGCGACGUAGCCGCUACGGCCAGUUUGAUUUUCCACAUUUACAAUUGCGACCACUUCUUAAAACUUCGCUUUCCGUCACCACCGGGUGAAUGUACGAGUAGCGGUGUGCUGGUCGAGGUCCCUUCCACUGGUGGGUCAAAGUUGUUGCUGGUGGCGGUCGCUUAUGCUCCCUUGAGUAUGUGUAUAUAAUGAAGAGGCGUGUGGAGGACCAAGAACCAAUACUCGCGCCUCAGCAGCAGCUAUUACACCAGCCUCAAACACAAGGAAUUACAGAAAACUUCCAGCACCGGGCCCUUGCCCCGGCCCCUACUGUGAUAGAGGCAGCUGCAGACAAGAUGCAGCCAUCAACCAGCAUCCAAUAUUCUCUCCCCCAGGGCUACCAGGUGUCUACAAUGCCUCAGAGCACAAGUGGACAUGGGCAUGGUCAUGGACACAACAAUACUGCGCCACAUGUUGGUCCCCACUCACAUGGUCUAGCAGUCCCGUCACAGGGCCCUGCAGUGGUCCAAGGUCAUGUUCAUCCGCCUGCACCCAUGCCUUCAGCCCAAGGACAGCAGCAGUUUCAGCGACUGAAGGUUGAAGAUGCCUUGUCUUAUUUGGAUCAAGUAAAACUGCAGUUUGGGAACCAACCACAAGUUUAUAAUGAUUUCCUUGAUAUCAUGAAAGAGUUCAAGUCGCAGAGCAUAGACACUCCUGGAGUCAUCAACCGUGUGUCCCAACUCUUCAAGGGUCACCCAGACCUAAUCAUGGGUUUUAACACUUUCUUGCCACCUGGAUAUAAGAUUGAAGUUCAAACCAACGAUUUAGUCAAUGUGACCACGCCAGGUCAGAUCCACUACAUCACACCGCACGGUGUUUCUGUUCAGAACAUCCCUGCAAGUGGAGCACCCAGCCAACCCGUGAGCCACCACCAGCACCAGAGUCUGCCACAGGCCGCCUCACACACUACCACCGCCCCACUUAUCCCUGCUCAGCCUGCUCCAAAUAAAACCAGCAAGCCAAUUCAGUCUCCAGCCCAUACACCCACCAGCCAACCCAAUCCAUCCAUCCCAUCUUACGCCUCGCCACGCUCACCUUCAGUUCAGUCCCACACUCCGGUCAGCAGCACACCAUCCAGUGGGCCGCCCAUUCAGAGCAACCAACCUGUGGAGUUUAACCAUGCUAUAAAUUAUGUCAACAAGAUCAAAAACCGCUUCCAGGGUCAGCCUGACAUCUACAAGGCCUUCCUGGAAAUCCUGCACACAUACCAGAAGGAACAACGAAAUGCUAAAGAAGCUGGAGGUAACUACACCCCUGCACUGACUGAGCAGGAGGUUUAUACUCAAGUGGCAAGGCUUUUCAAGAACCAGGAGGACCUGUUGUCUGAGUUUGGACAGUUCCUGCCCGAUGCAAACAGCUCAGCGCUGCUGAGCAAAACAACACCAGACAGGGCUGAGUCGGUCCGUAAUGAUCAUGGUGGCACAGUAAAGAGACACUUACUGAACAACAAGCAGAGGCUGAGCCAGAAUGGCCUCCCGAUCAGGAGACCCUCAGGCAUAGGCAUCACGCCACCUGUGAAGAAGAAACCUAAAAUAAUGGGGAAGGACCAUGGCAUGAGUGAAGUCAGCAAACACAGCACCAGCACUGAAACUAUGUUCUUCGAGAAGGUGAAGAAGGCUCUUCGGAGCUCCGAGGCAUAUGACAACUUCCUGCGCUGCUUGCACAUCUUCAACCAGGAAGUCAUUUCACGCACUGAACUGGUCCAGUUAGUUAUCCCAUUUCUUGGAAAAUUCCCCGAGCUCUUCACGUGGUUUAAAAACUUCUUGGGCUACCGGGAGUCCAGCCACGGGGAGUCGAGCCAUGCAGAGUGUUUACCCAAGGAGCGUGCGACAGAGGGCAUUGCCAUGGAGAUCGACUAUGCUUCCUGCAAGAAGCUGGGGUCCAGCUAUAGAGCACUGCCGAAGAGUUUCCAGCAGCCCAAGUGCACAGGAAGAACACCACUGUGCAGAGAGGUUUUGAAUGACACGUGGGUGUCAUUUCCUUCAUGGUCUGAGGACUCCACUUUUGUGAGCUCCAAGAAGACUCAGUAUGAGGAACACAUUUACAGAUGUGAAGAUGAGCGCUUUGAGCUGGAUAUUGUGUUGGAGACCAACCUUGCCACAAUACGAGCCCUGGAGACAGUGCAGCGAAGGCUCUCUCGUAUGUCAGCAGAGGAGCAGCUACGCUUCAAGCUGGACAACACAAUGGGCGGCUCUUCAGAGGUCAUUCACCGCAAAGCUAUCCAGAGGAUAUAUGGUGACAAAGCCCAAGACAUUAUUGAUGGGCUCAAGAGGAACCCUGCUGUGUCUGUCCCCAUAGUGCUGAAAAGGUUAAAAAUGAAGGAUGAGGAGUGGAGAGAAGCCCAGAGGGGCUUCAACAAAAUCUGGCGGGAGCAAAAUGAAAAGUAUUACCUGAAGUCACUUGACCAUCAAGGCAUUAACUUCAAGCAGAAUGACACCAAAGUAUUACGUUCAAAGACCUUGCUCAAUGAAAUUGAGAUGUUAUAUGAUGAACGCCAGGAGCGAGCAUCAGAGGAAUCUGCUACACCGCCAUCGACCGGCCCACACAUGACCCUGACCUAUGACGACAGCCAAAUCCUAGAGGAUGCUGCUUCCCUUAUCAUUCACCACGUCAAACGACAAGUGGGCAUCCAGAAAGAAGACAAGUGCAAGAUCAAACAGAUAAUCCACCACUUCAUCCCUGACCUGCUGUUUGCACGGCGAGGUGAGCUCUCUGACGUGGAGGAGGAGGAAGAGGAGGACGAAGACGACACGGAGAUGGAUCAAGAUGGCACCAAGAAGCACAAUGGUCUGCCAAGCAGAAGCCCAUCAAAGUCCAAGCUCCUGUUCGGCAACACGGCAGCUCAGAAGCUCCGGGGCACCGAUGAUGCCUAUAACUUGUUCUACGUGAACAACUACUGGUAUGUCUUCCUUCGUCUUCACCACAUCCUCUGCUCUCGUUUGUUACGAAUUUACGGGCAAGCGGAGAAGCAGAUAGAAGAGGAUGCUCGUGAGCGAGAGUGGGAAAGAGAAGUGUUGGGGCUGAAAAGGGAGAAAAAUGAAAAUCCAGCCAUCCAGCUGAAGAUGAAGGAGCCAAUGGAUGUUGAUGUGGAAGACUAUUACUCAGUGUUUUUGGAAAUGGUUCGUAAUCUUUUGGAUGGGAACAUGGAGCCGGCUCAGUACGAAGACUCCCUGAGGGAGAUGUUUACUAUCCAUGCCUACGUUGCCUUCACCAUGGACAAACUCAUCCAGAGCAUUGUCCGGCAGCUCCAGCACCUUGUCACUGAUGAUGUGUCUGUGCGUGUAACGGACUUGUACCUGAGCGAGAGUUCCAAUAAAGCCACGGGGGGCACGCUGCCCAUGCAGGCAUCGAGGGCCACAGCAGAGGGGGGCUACCAACGCAAAGCAGAGCAGCUUAUGCUCGAUGAGAACUGCUUCAAGUUGAUGUUCAUGAAGAGCCGAGGAUCUGUCAGCCUGGCAGUGGAGCUCCUGGACACAGAAGAGGAAAACUCUGAUGAGCCAGCAGAGGCAGAAAAGUGGUCAGACUACGUAGGCAGGUACCUGAACUCAGAUUCCUCAUCUCCAGAGCUGCGUGAGCAUCUGGCCCAAAAGCCAGUAUUCCUCCCCAGGAAUUUGAGACGGAUAAGAAAGUGCCAGAGAGGAUGGGAGCAGCUGCAACAGGAGAGAAUGACCAAAGGCUCCUCGGACAAGUCGCAGGACGGCAGCAGCGAGCUGAAGAUGGAGUGCAUGUUCAAGCUCAACUCCUACAAGAUGGUUUAUGUCUGCAAGUCAGAAGAUUACAUGUACAGGCACACAGCGCUCACACGGGCUCAUCAGUCCCACCAGCACGUGAACACACGCCUGCACAGACGCUUUCAGGCCUGGCUGGACACUUGGGCCAAGGAGCACGUGACCAGCGACAUGGCUGCUGAAAGCCACAAGUGGUUCAUGGGAGAUGGACAAGAAGGCCUGUUAGCCUGCACCACCACUUGCAACCCAGAGGUCCUCCAUUAUCUCAACAUUAACAAGUACCGGGUGAAGUACAGAACACUGUAAUACUCGUGUCUCAGCAAACUGUGGCAGUUAAUGUCUCCACACAACAAACUGCCAAGGAUGAAUUCUCCAAGCUGCCGUUACUGGAUUCAGUUGCCAAAAUUUUUGUGAGGGUUUUCAAUCCUUGAUCCAAAUGGGAUGUAAAAUUUCCAUUGUUUUUGCACCCGAUUCAGGAAUUCGUCUUUCAAGCUUAUGCUGCAAAUUCUGCAGCACAUAAAAUAUGGAACUUUUUGCAGAUGUUGCUGU